AUGGAAUCAGAUAAUUUUUUUCAAACUUCUGUUCCAUAUUUUCAGGAUUUUAAUAUGGGUAAUCCAUCAUCAUCGGCUAAUAAUUCAGGAUUAUCAAAUAGCAGCAACCUUAUGAAUUUAAAUGGAAGUAGUUCAUCGUUAUUAUUUUCAAAUAAAGGUUUGGGUAAUUCAGAUUUUCAAAAUUAUACACUCCAACCAUCAGCCUAUUUAUCAAAUUAUAAUAUAAAUAAUAGCAGUAAUAAUAAUAAUAAUAAUAAUAGUAGUACUAGUGCUACAAAUAAUAUUAGCAAUAGUUCAAAUAAUAUAAAUAAUAACACAAAUGGUAAUAUCGUUGUUGAUGACUUUUUAUAUAAAAAAGUAUCAGCAGCCAAUAAUAUUCAAGUACCAACUACCCCACCAAAGGAUUUAGGUUUUAUUCAGAAUAUUUUACAACAACAACAGGAAAUUUUCCAAAAGAAACUAUCUGAGCAGGGAAUUACUAAUUUACCACCAGAUCAAUUGCAAUUUAUGUUUAUGCAAGAGCAACAAAAAUAUUUAUCAAAUAUAAAUAGUAGUAAUGGGGGAUCCGAUACAAAUUUACCACCAUUAGAUAAUUAUCAAUUCCAAGUGUCGCCACAAACAAGCCUUAAUAAUAGCAAUAAUAAUAAUAAUAAUAGUAGUAAUAAUAAUAGUAGUAAUUUUAUAAAUUUAGCAUCACCACAAAUUAGACAACAACCAAUUCAAUCCCCACAACAAGUUCCACAACCAAUUCAAUCACCAUCUUAUUAUUCACCACAACCAACCCAAACUUCAUCAUCCUCAUCCUCAACAUCAUCUUCAUCAUCUUCAUCGUCCUCAUCAUCCUCUUCACUCCAACAAUUACAGCAACAACAAAUGCAACAACUUUUACAAAUUCCAGGACAUAUGCAAACACCACAACCUUCACCUCAGCAAACACUACAACAGACCCAACAAAUACAACAACAAAAAAUUCAACAACAACAAGCUCAACAGUUACAAAAUAAACCAAUAACAACUACAACCACUACAACCACCACAAAAUCUAAACCAAAAAAAUCAAAAAAAUCAGAAGACGAAGAAUUUAUUGAUGAAAAUGAAGACAAAUCAAAGAAUAAGUCAAGAUCAAGUCAAAAUAUAGCAAGUAGAAAUUAUAGACAAAGAAAGAAGGAUCAUAUUCAAGAGGUGGAAUAUAAAGUACAACAACUAACACUUGAAAAUGAAAGAUUAAGACAAGAAAACCAUAUUUUAAAGAAGGGCGAUCUUGGUGAUGUUAUGAGACCAGAUUUUGAUUUCCAACAAGUAUUGUUAGAAAGUCAAAAGUUAAUGGCACAACUUCAAGAUGCAGUAAAUAAAGAGGAUCAUUCAACAAUUGAAAAUCUUUUACAACUUUAUUAUUUUGCAUCUCAAUUACGUACAACCGUUGUCGAAAGAGAAGUUGAAAAAAUAGUUCAUCCAUAUACUCAAGCUAGAUUAGCAGUCAUGGGUUACAGAUCAAGUGCUGAAACAUCUAUUUUAUUAAGACCAUUUUCAACAAAUCUUUGGUGGCCCAAGUUUGCCGACGAAGUAUCAUUAACAGAGGACCAAAGAAAAGCAUCCGAUAUUUUAUGGAGUGAUCAUUUAAAGAUUGAUAUGGAGCUUAGAACCGAGCGUGAUCAAUUAGAUAGAGAAAUUAAAGAGUUGUUUUUAAAGAAAAUCGUUAGCCAUGGUACUAAAAGACCUGAGCUAUUAUUUGAUCGUGAGAUCACCUAUAAUAGUGAAAUUGACUAUCCAAGUUCACCACACUCAUCACCCGGCUCAUCUAAUUCAUCCAAUUCACCACCAACCGCUACAUCUUCACCAACACUUCAAAGCCCACCAGACUCACCACAAACCAAUAUCAAUUCUUCUGGUGGUGUACAACAUUCUACAAACUCAAGUUGGCAUCACUCUUUCCAUUCACCUUACCCAAUGCCUCAAACUGUAGCACAAGUUUCUAAUAUAUUCACCGAAAACAAUAAACCACUAGAAUUGUCAGAGUUACUCGAAGUCACAAGAAAACUUGAACUUUUAAAAAAGAAUUUUGUAAAGCAUCGUAACCUUAUUUGCGAUACCGAUUUGGUUCUUUCAACAAUCUUGACCCCAUUCCAACAUGCCAAGCUUAUUUUAAGAUUAAAUAGUGUAACUUGCUAUGAUUUCUCGAUUGUUGAUACUAUAACUGGCAUCUGGGGCACUAUAAACAGUAAUCUUAAAGAGGGUUCAUUCAUUCAAAAUCUUAUGCCAGAUCAAGACGGCAAAUUUGAAGUAUUGGAGAAAUUUAAGCAAAAUCAAAUGGCUGAUAUAAAGAAUUCUAGACCUAUCAAAUUGGAAAGCUUACAAAAAACCUAUGAAAAACUUUACCAAACUGUUUUAGGCUCAGAUAGUCCCAAUUGUACAUUUUUAAAACAAAAUGAUUAUCAACAUCAAAAUUUAGUAACAGCAAGUCCAAAUUAUGCACAUUCACCAACUAUUUCAAGCCCAUCACAACAAAUUCCUAAUUCUCCAUCAUUUGAUCUAUCUGCUGGUUGUAACCCAACUACAACCACCACCAACACAUCUUCACCAAUAAUAACAAAUGGUCUAACACCAAGUUUACUUUCAAAUCAAAUGCACAUAAAUGGAAUACCUUCUCCAUCAAAUAUUACAAAUACACCAAAUAAUCAAAGUCCAUCAUUGGAUUCUUUAAAAAAUAAACAACAACCAAACGAGUCAAAUAAUACUAAUACUAAUAAUAAUAAUAAUAACAAUAACAAUAAUAAUAAUGAAAAUUCGACAAAAAAAAGUAAUAAGGCAAAAAAGUUCCAAUGGUAUAGUUAUAAAACACCAAGUGUUUAA